UUUACCGGGCAGAAGUACUAGUGCUAUUUGGUCACCGGCGCAGAUCAUCUGAUGGCGUGAGCAGAACUCCUGCAGAACUCCUGCAGUGGGCUGUUCUUACCCAGAACAAGCAGGGUGACUCGCUCCUGUUGGAACGAGUUUAUCCCACACACAUGGCACGCUAGAGGACGGAGAGACUCCUUAUUGGUGCGCGCCCACAAAGAUCAAGGACCUCGCAUUUGGUUAAUCAUUACCUGUCCACAUAUUCUAUAAAACCAACAGCCGUGGGACAAAGACCAAAUCCACAAGCUCUGCCGAGGGCGGUGACAACUUGUUCCAGGUACAUUUCCAAGUGUGGGUGUCCAGGCCACAGCUAUGGCACAGGAAGCGUGGUCCGUCCUCCUCCACGUGUACGGCUUGGUGUACCAGGCCCUGGUUCCAUGUGCCGUCCCUGAACUUCUGGCUGCCAGCAGUCUCAACAUCCAGCAGUAUUUGGGGAAAUGGUAUUUUGUGGCAGCGGUCAGUUCCCGGGAGGCUGACAUUCAUAUGUUCAGAGGAAUGGACAGCACAGUCUUUACUCUGGAGGAGACGGCAGUCAACAACACACUGCUGCUGACUGGAGUCAUGCGCAUUGGAGAUAAGUGCCAAAAUGCAACAUGGACCUAUCACAUUCAUCCUGAAAGAGAAGAAUUGGUACUGGCAGGAAAGCCUGAACGGAAGACCCUGUUGUGGAGCGGCGCUUGGCUGAACUGCUUGCAGUGCAUUAUUCUGCAAGAAACAGAGCCUCCAUUGAAAGACACUGACACAGAAGACAGCCUCGGCAGACACAUGCUCUAUGCUCGUCAGAGUAUGGUGGACCCUGCAGUGGUGAAAGCAUUUCAGACAAAAUCCUCCUGUAAUGAGAUGGAUGCAUUUGUCAGGCUACCUCAAGAAAAAGAGUUUUGCAUCUAGAUAUCAAUGCUAAGGUAAGCGCCAUUAUUAAAAAUUAUCUUUUCCCUUUUAUUUGUGAGAUCAUUUCUUCAUUAACUUCUCAUUAGAUUUUCAUUAUGUGGAUAUUUGUUUCUUUUAUUAAACCUCAC